AUGAGAAAGUUCAUAAAAACAAAUAACAUAAUCUAAUUGUUCAAUAUAAAUUCUCAAGUAUAUCUUCACUCUCACAGAAUUAGAUAUAUCAAUUCUUAUUUGAAUGAAAUGAUUUACUAAUAAGAUUUUGUUGUAAUGAUUAUGAUUAUUGAUCUGUUAAAAAGAUAGAUGAAAAUUUAGUUAAAGUAUUCAUUUAGCUUUUAGAAUCAUGGUUAUAUUAUCCUCUAAAUAAAUCCUACUUAAAAAUUCAAUAAAAAUGUAGUAAAGGAUUAAAUGAUAUAGAAAAAGUAAAAAUAGUGAUAUUUUGUAAUUGAAAAUAUCAAAGACAACAUAAGGAAAAUCUCCUGUUAUUGUUUAAGAAUACUACACUAAGACAUUGGGUAUUAUUUGUAAAAUAAUCUUUAUUAAUGAAAUCCUAAAGGUUAAUUUAUAGUUUCUUUACUAAUUAUUGA